AUGCCGCACGUUCUUUACAGAAGCAGAAGAUGGCAGCCGCAGGAGAAAAAGGAAUUAGCUAACCGUCUGAAUUAUGAAACGCAGCCCCUCUUCCUCCGGGAAACCAAUCCGGAUCUAGAUUCCAAGUCCAAGUCCGAGAACAAUAAGAAGAGGCAGAGGGAAAAUCGUCAACCACCAUGGGAGAUGAUGAUAUGCUCCCCGGCGGCGGGCUGGCGGGCGGUUAGCGGUGGUGGGGCAGCAUCACAGCCAGACACCAUCUGUGCACACCACCUACCACAACACACAGCACUAUCCCAAACCGCACCAGCCCCAAUCCAGUCCUCAAUAGACUGCGCCGUUGGAUCGGGAGGAACAGAGCACCUGCAGGCUGCGGCACGCGAAUAA